AUGGAGGUUACUGUUGAGUAUCUAAGAAAUCAAAGUGUGCUUGAGGAGAACAUAGAGAGCUUCAUUAGUGAAGUGACUAGCUUAGACAACGAAAGGCCUGAAGUUAAGAUAUGGGAUUUAAUAACAGCAUCCAUUGAGGAAUCUCAAGGCGAUCUUACCCAGUUUUUGCUAAUGCUUGGCCCAAAGUUUCAGUACUUAACAGUGCUUCUCUCAGACAACAAUGGUGAUGUUUAUCAAGAGUUUGAAGAUUCAGUGAUCGAGUCUUACAGAGAUGAACAAGAAAGCGAACCAAAAGACUCUGAAAUGGCUAUUGAGCCUGAGCAACAACUUGAACAAAUUCAAGAUCUAGAGAAAGUUCUACCAGAUUUAGUAGAUAAAGAAAGAAAACAUGAAGAAGAGAAGUACGGACAAGAUUCGGAAAUCCUUGAUUACGAAAAUUUUGAUGAUGAAGAAGAGGAUGAAAUCUUAGAUAGAGCUCUCGUAAGACAGAAGAAUCUGAGUUCAGAUGAAGACGAACCUCAAGAAAAUGCUCAUGAAAGUUUCACCCCAAAAUCUUUUCAACCACAGAAGUUAGGGCAAGAAAUUAAAGAAAGAAGCAAAAAGAGGUCAGGUCGUGAAGAGGGCAGAGUUAAUUUCAAUUUAGAGGAGAAUAAAGAUUUGCAUCAAACGGAACAGCAAAAUAUUAAAAAGAAAGGAUGCUCGAAAAAUACUCAGCGUCAGGAAAAUAUGUGAUCUACAAUUUCAGAAGCUCAAAAUAAACUUCCAGGAGUGGAUCAGGAUGAGGAUUUAAAAGGAUUUGGUUCUGAAAUAAUAAAACCAGAAGACCAGAAGGACUCAGAGAGAGACUCCUCUCCACAAAGUAGUAUUGUUUUUUGUGAAAAAUUAACAUCUGGGUCAAGUCUAAUCCCCAUGGAACCAGUACCACUUAAACCAGGCCAGAAUCCGAAAUCAAUGAUGCUUAUUCACAUCCCUCGUUUUAGUAACAAGAAUUUCAAAGUUCUUCGCUACUUCAAGAAGUUUGGAAAGAUUGGUGACAUCAACUGAAUACCAUUCAAAAACAAGUGUACCAUCAUUUUUGAAAAACUCAAGGAUGCUGUGAAUGCCUUCAGGUGCCAAGAACCCGUGAUGGGUGAUCUGUUCAUUGAAAAAUGAAUGCAACAAUUUCCGAAAGGAAAGCCAGCCGAUGAAGAUAUUGGGAAAAUAAGAAUAGCACCACAUAUCUCCGAUUUUUUUAUUAACACAUAUGAGGUUAAAACAGGGAAAGAUGUUGCUACCUUAAUCAAAGAGCGUGAAGAGUACAUAGCCGGAGAUUCUGGAACCAAUCAUCCUUGCAAUAAUGAGUCAUCCGACCCAGAAAAGAAGGAGUACAUCUCGAAACUUAAUGAAGAGCUAGAGGAACACUUUUGCUCUUUAAAACAAAGUUUCUCUGUGCAAGAAAGUGAUGAUAUAUAUAAAAACUAAGAAGAACUAAAGAACUCAUCUUUUUGGCCAAAACUGAGAAAAAGAGCGAAGUGAAGAGAGCCCAUAAGGAACUUGAAGAGAAAGUCAAGCAACGCUUUGGUGAGGAACCUGACCUCAGUAGUAUGAAGUGGACUAAAACAGAGAAGACAAAGAAGGUCACUAGGAAGUAUACCGCAAUUCAGGAUGGUCUGAAAUGCUAUGAGCUUGAACUAAAGAUCAAAAAGGGUUUCAACAAGCUGAAAGAAUAUCAAAUAUUAGAUAAAAUCUAUAAUGCUCAACUUGAACUGAUAAACCUCAGAUCAACUAAAGGCAAUAAAGUUAUAGCUCAGAUCAUUUUUAGUAAUAAAGAUAAGCUCGCAGAAAAGAUUUUGAGCAUAGGCUGCUUUGAACUCAUUAGUGCUAAAGAAUGUGAUGCGAAAGAGUUACCUGUAUAUCACAGAGGUUACGUGAGACAUAAGGAAGCAGAGAGAGCCCCAAACCGUAGGUAUCCCAAUUCUAGAUAUCCUCAUAUGUAUCCUAAUUCUAUGCCAGGAUAUGCCUACUCUGGGUAUGACUACCAUGGGUAUAAUUAUCAUGGAUAUGACGGUCAUGGGUAUGACUACUCUAGAACCAGGU